AUGAAGAAUAAUCGAAAUACACGAACACCUAGUGAUGGUAGGCGAUCCUACAACAAUAACACUAGCUCUCCCAGUAUAAUUUCCAAUCAACAAACAACAAACUCCUCAGGCCAAUCAUCAUCAAUACCGCCUACAUCACCUAAGAAACAACUCCAACUCAAUAGAAUAACCUCAAUGACCAACAACAAUUCAAGUGGUAGUAAUUCGAGCUCUAGAAACAACUCACCCAAGAAUGGAAGCUUCCGAGGAAAUCAACCCACCAUCAUUUCUUCCCAGCCUCAAUCACCACCACAAUCACCUUCAGCACACCAACAACAAGAAUUAUUCGAAAAUGAAUUAUCAGCAAAACUUAAUCAGCCGCCAACAGUUUCCGUUUCUUUGGCGCGAAAUCUUUUUGCAAGAGAAGCAAAAAAUGAAUCAAAAGCACCAAGUUUAAAUCAACAACAAAACAAUGUUCGAGGUAGGACACUCGGUAAAGCUGUUGUGGAAGGACAAGGACAAGAACGAGAACAACAAGAAUCGAGUCAUCGUGAAUUGAAAAGUAUUCUUCAUAGUACUCCUCCGACGGUCAAGGUUGAAUUGAAUGAUUUGAUAAAAAAGAAAACUAGAUUUGAAGAUGUUUGUGAUGGUGAUGAGCAAGAUGUAAAUGUUUCGAUUGUGGAGACUACUAGUAGUAAUAGUAUUAAUUUAGAAAAUAGUAAUAAUAAUACCACUCUAUCAUCGGAAUUGAAGAGUCUUGAGAAUGAACAUUCGAAUGAAACUAAUAUUCAUGAUGAGGUAGAGAAACAACAAUUCGAUAGUAUACUGACUGUCUCUACCAUUCAAGAUGAUCAUCAAGAGGUACAUGAGGAGAUGGAUAAUUUCAAGAAUGAAUUUUCAUUUGCAGAGAAUAUUAAUCCUGAUGAGGCCAUUACAAAUAUUAAUUUGAAUGCCUUAGUAGAGGAACACAUUCCUUCUUGUAGCACUCCCAAUUCUCUAAUGACAGAUGUUCACUCAACUGGUACUUCAUUUACUCCUUCUUUUAAUUCUACCAAUCCAAUACAUUUAGCAACACCAGACACAUCCGAAAGAAUUACUCAUUCUCUUCCAGUUAAUUCAUAUUUUGGAAAAUCUCUUGGCAAUGAAAACUCCUUGUCAAACACUAGUGGAAUUUCAAGGAAAUCCAGUAUGAUGGGCUCUGCAAAAUCAAUAGUAGAGCUCUUUAAACAAGGAGAGUUGAGCGACGACUUACAAGACGAUGGUGAUGACAGGUUUAGAGCUAAUUCUUCUAGAAGAAAACAGCUUGUAGGAAGUUGGCAGAGCCAAAGUCAAGAAGGAGAUCAACCAAGAGCUCCAAAACUCAUUCCCUCACCAUCAAGAAAUAAUUUGGUUGUAGAUCCUCUUACUAUUCAGAAACAAUUGGGAAAGAAAAUUAAGUCUAUGGAGGAACAUGACGGAGAGGAAGAUGUAAACAUGUCAUUUGCAUUUCCACCCACAAAAUAUGAUCCUAAUAGAAGAAGAUCUUCUUCUCAACCAGUACAAAAGUCAGAGGCACUAAAUUUAACCAAUUCCCCAAUUGUGGCGGUCUCUCCUGGAACUCCAAGAGAAGAAAUAGGGUCAGAACCUCUUACUGCGAACAAUGUUCAAGUUUCUUUUAAAGAGGAGAACGAAAUUAUCGUUGAUGAUCUUCCUUCUGCAUCAACUAUGGUACAGGUUUUAAAGAAGGUUCCAAAUCGUCAAGUCAACAAAAAAAGAAAUGGGAAUUCUGUUAAUAGACCUCAAUCAUUACAACUUUCUUUUGGUACAGUCAAUCAUAUCAACAGAAACAUGGCCCACAGAGGUAGUGAGGAUCAACCCAGAUCCAUAAGAACUGUAAAUAAUCAUAGAAAUAGUGUUGUUUCUACCAAUAGAUCUGUUUCCGAGCCAUUUGUUAGUGAAUCCAUUGGAGAAGAAAAGGAAGUUUUCAAGAGAAAAUGCUUCGACUAUGUUUGUAGCAUCAAAAUAGUACUUUUCAUUGUAUUUCUUUCUGUUGUGGUAGUGACUGGAAUUUCAGUUUGGCUCGCAGGGUAUUUAACCACUGAGUAUCAAGUAGUUAAUACUAUUGCAUUUGAUUCAAAUUCAGAGCUAGUGGAUCUUAUGAAAACUAAUUGGAUGACCUCAGUGGUCAACUAUGCUCCGAGUGUGUUAAACUUGGCAAGAGUUGUACUCACUCAAUUGGAGCCCAACCUCUCCUUGACAGAUACACUAACCAAUGAAAGAUAUCAAUCUAUGUUAAGGAAAUUAUUCAGAGAUACUGUGGCUCAAUCUGAAAUGUUUUAUCAAAUGUUUUCUGUAGAUUUAUACGGAAAUUAUUCUGGGGUUGACGUUAGCUAUUCACCAACUGGUUCAUUAGUAGAAAGGUACAUUGUAAAUAACAAUACAAACAAGUUGCACUUUUGGAGGAUGACUAAUGGAAAAAUUCAAUAUUAUGAAGGAAAUAUGCCAUUAUCAUCAAGUAGAUUUGGUGUUCUUCUUUCUAGUGUGAAUGAGUUAAAAGCAAUAGAUGAACAGAGAAUGGCCAAAGGAUUAGAUGCUUCCAACACUGCAGUAUGGUCAAGUAUUUUCCAGAUUACUAUUACAGGUAAAUGGGCUAUUGGUUGUUCUAUCCCUUACUAUAUCAACAACAAAUUUACAGGAGUUUUGACAGUAAUAUUUUCACUUUCUGAAUUAUCUACGAAAUUAUAUUCUGAAUAUGCCAAGGAGGAUCAUCACAGAGUUUUUGUUAUCAGACAAGAUGGAGCUCUUUUAGGAUCUAGUAAAGGAAUAGAGCAGAAACAGGUCUACUCGUCAGGUUCUCAGACAUUACUUCUCGCACAGAAUGCAAAUGACACUGUCAUCUCCUCAAUUGCAACAAAACUUUUUACAGAUUAUGGCAUCAAUGGCACUCUUAAUGUGACAAACAUUCCGAAUAAUAUUUACCUGGUUGAUUCUAGUGGUGAGGCUCAUUUUGUAUCUGUGGAGCCAAUUACUGAAAAUGGAUUAGACUGGCUACUUAUCCACUCAACAUCAAGACGUAGUUAUAUUUCACUAUUUCAAGAAACAAGCUACACAGUAGUUGCCGUGUCGUGUGUAUUGGUUUUAGUUUCCGUUAUGAUAUCUAUUUGUGUCAGUGCACUGAUUACAAGUCCAUUGAAUUCAUUGAAGAAACGAGUAGACAACCUUGCUCAGAUGAAUAUAGAAACAGGUUACGAUGACAAGGUACCUGUUACAUUCUCAGAGGUGCGUUCCAUUAUUUCCUCAGUCAAUCAAAUGAGCAAAGGCUUGAAUAGUUUCUCCAAGUAUGUGCCAUAUGAUAUUGUUGCCACUAUUGUCAAGUCAAAACAACCAGCCAUGUUGGGUGUUCAAUGGAAAACUGUCACACUCUACUUUUCUGAUAUUGCAAGUUUUACAAACAUGACUGAGAAAAUGUCGCCUGAUACACUUGUAGAGCUAAUGUGUGACUUUUUCACUCAACAGACAGAUAUUAUCAUGAAAACCCAAGGAACUGUAGAUAAAUUUAUUGGGGAUUCAAUUAUGGCCUUUUGGAAUGAUCCUGUUCCUAUAAGAGAUCAUGAAUUAGCUGCUGUUGAAAGUGCCUUUGCUUGUCAGGAGGGCCUAGUUCCAUUCAAUAACAAGUGGAAGGAAAAGUUGAGAUUAAUAUGUGUUAACAAGAAUGCUGGAACCUUUGACAAUUUUAAUAUGAAAAUAAGAAUAGGACUUCAUACAGGAGAAUGUUUCAUAGGUAAUAUUGGGUCUGUUGACCGAAUGAAUUAUACUUGUCUGGGUGAUACAGUCAACACAACAUCCCGUCUCGAAUCUCUCAAUUCCAUGUAUGGUUCCUCAAUAAUGAUCAGUGAGAAUGUCUAUGCAAAGGUUCACAAGAAAUUCUUGUGUAAAUGGGUUGAUGUGGUUUGUGUUAAGGGAAAGGCCAUUCCAAUCAAUAUUUAUAGUGUGCUCUCUAGAAAGGAACAUGCAAAUCCAGAUCUUAUCAAAAUGUGCUCUGGUUAUCAAGCUCUGAGAGAAUUAUUCCUCAGCUUGAGAUUUGAGGAAGCCAUAGAAUUUAUGGAUCAGAAUGAGGAUGUAUUGAGCUAUAUGGCAGAAUCAAAGGAGAAGGCCUCUUAUCAACUUAUCAGAAAGAAGUGUUUGGAAAAGAUUAAUGAAGAUAUGCCAGAAAAUGAAGAUUCCUUAUUCUGGGUUUCUUCUAAACUCCACGAAAAAUAA